CUACCUCAACGAGACGCUACAAAAGCUAGGUACCGCUCCUUCCUAAACCGCUUUCUGUGCUAUGUAUUCCGGUCAUGGCAGGUAUGUCAGAAGCUCAACCAAAGCUUGAGCGAGGUAUAUGGGCUUCAGCUGUCGGACGCACAAGCGGAUAUAAUAGAAUCUGUCUGGUCAGAUCUGUCCACAAAAGGAUUAAGUAAGGCAGAGCCUGCGUUCUCUUCCCGUAUAUCAGAAACCGUCUUCGAGCUGCUCGUGCUAUUUUGGACGGAUGUGUCCACAGACGGCAUAUUGAAAGGCAAAGCAAUUGUCCACUUCUCUGGUGUCCUGGGUAUCCAUCCGUACGAGUUAGCAUACCGUACAACUUCCGACUACACACCGUACCUAUCAGCUCUACUGUGGAUCGGAAGACUUAUCAUUCUCGAGUGCGCCUUGCCGCUGCGAGGCAAGAAGCAUCUUCCAGGUAUUGUCCAGCCUUUUGAUCCUCACACUCCAAGAGAUCGCGAUGGAAUAUUACGACUUCUCUCUUUCCAGACAGGACACAAUCCAGCUACCCAUGCUAGCGCGUACGCUUUAGAUCGUGCCUAUCCUGCCAAGCUGCAACCUAAGUUAGUAGAACAAUACCUUGAAGUUAGUAAGGUGUUACAC